GGUGUACACAAAGUGUGGCCUUUGGUCAUUAGAAAGCGUUGCUUUAGAGCAAAGGUUACGCUUGUUUAGGCCACCCCUGAAAAAGCGUUGUCUUAGGUCAAAAAGUGUGGCCUUUUACCAAAUGCCACACUUUUUGAUAGUUUAGGCCACACUUUUCCGGGGUAGUUAAAGGCCUAAUAUGUUGUAGUGGAUGAAACAUAUUUCUGGUUUUGUUUCACUAAUCAUUUUGAAUUGUUUUAAGGUAAAAAACAAAUCUGGCGAUUUGAUAGCUGCACCACCAGUUAAAGGAACUUUUAUAUGUAAUAUUGGAGACAUGUUAAAGAUUUUAUCCAAUGGGCAUUAUGAAUCCAUAGUUCAUAGGGUCAUUAAUAACACUAGCAAAUAUCGUGUUUGCGUGGCCUAUUUUUAUGAGCCCAAGUUUGAUGUUUCAGCCGAACCACUAGAUGUGUGUGUACGCAACACAGAUGGCAUGAAGAAGUUUGAAGGUGCGGUUUACGGGAAACAUAUGGUCAACAAAGUGACCAAUAACUUUGUGAUGCAGAGCUUGAACUACCUCUGUAUUUAGAACACAAUAAGGUUCUUGGGUUUCUUUAA